AUGCGCCACUCGACGGCGACUGCGCGAGGCGGGAGGAGCCGACGGCGGAGGCGCGGCGCCGACGGCGGCCAGGGCGGCCGCAAGGCUCGGAGAUUCCGCCGGCCGCCCCGCCUCUCUGGCGCGCCAGCCACGCACCAUGAAGGCGCACUCGGCAGCGACGCACAAGACGGAGGUGACGACCCGGUGUUUCGCGACGGGCGCGAGGCUGCAGGCGACGAGGUGCUCAGUGCGGAAGAGGGGAACGCGACGCCAGGCAGUCCGCAGCGAGGCGCUGCCGGGGACGCGGGAAGGCCCGACGACGGCGAGGCGAUAGCGAGCCGCGCCGAGAGCUUCGCGCCCUCGGGGGCGGUGUCGGCGGAGGGAGACGUCGCGGGUGGGGAGUUCGAGUGCAGCGAGGAGGAAGACAUCAGAAGCGGCGCGAGUGCGGCUUCAAACGCCCACCACGACUGCGACCCUGUGCGCGAAAGCCGCUCGCCGACGCGCGGAGUCUGCGCACGGCAAGCGCAUGCGGGCGACCCGGGGCCCCCUGCGGAGGAGUUCUCAGAGGAAGCCAGUCGCGGCGAGUGCGCGAGCGCGGCGCUCACGCGGGUCACGGAGCUUUUUCGGUUCAUGACGGCUCGCGCGCGACCUGCGCCGGGGACUGAGGAACAGCUCGCCCUCGAAAUCCUCAAUACCUGCCGCUUUCUCGCCGCAGAGAAGCCCGCUCCGCCCUUCCCCAACUACCUCGAGUUUGCCAAUCGCGCCUUUGGUUUCUUCACGGUCUCGAAAAACUUGGAAGCAGCAGACGACGCCGCCAAGGCUGCCGUAGGCGCCGCACUCGAGGAGAAUCUAGGUUUGUUCUCCAAGCGUCAGCGCGGGAAGCUCCGCACGACACUGAUACGCUGUCGGGCAGGCGCGCAUGCGGCGCGUUCUGUCUCUCGUGAGAUCCCCAGCGACCCGCCAAGUUUCGCAGACCGCGAUUUGGUACGGGGGAACGCCCUCCUCGCCUCCGGCGUUUCGUCUUCGGCGCGUGACCCGGCAUUUCCUCUGCGCCUCGCAGCGCAUGCGUCUCUCGCUGGACGCGCAGCAGGUUUCUUGGACUGCGACGCGACUUCGCAAGUGCGGUGGAGGCGCGUCUCUCAUCACUCGGAGUCGCUGGUGGAGUCGUGUCGCGCAGGUCGGUCUCCCGAGGCGCUGGGUUCCUCUCCCUCUCCGCCAGGCGGCGCUGUGUGCGUGAGGGGAGACGCCGCCGCCCCCUCUCAGCAGGCGAUCCACGUCAAUCUGUUUUACUCGCUGGAAGACCUUCCGCAGCACUGCGCCCUGCGCGAGUUGCUCCGUGCGCGCGGUCCCGAGGCUGCGAAGGAGCUGCUUGAGCGACUGCCCAAACCCGCCAUCCACUACAACUACUACUUCAUCACGGAAGCCGACCGCGAGGCGGCAGCGGCCGGCCUCGGCGCGUGGCAGUCCAAUCAGCGAGAAGACGCAGCAGACAAGACGGCGAGGCUGCCCAGCUGUGCGUCGUUGGCGGCGAACGGCACGCCGGGGCCUUCCUCCCUGAAGGCGGCGCGCCUGCCGCCGGGCAGCGAGGCGCCCCAACGAGAGCGCGAGGGGCGAGAGGGGACGGCGCGCCGGAGGCGAGAGCCCGAGGGCGACGCAGAGGACAGCGGCCGGCGGCGCAUGCCCGCGGCUCCGCUGCCUCGCACGUAUGCGGAGACCGCGCGUGCGGUCUCACGAAGCCCUCUGCGCCUGCGAGGCCACCAUGCGUCUCGGCAGGCGAAGGAGGAGGGAUCGCGCGGCGAAGGCUGGCAGUUGUCCUCCGCGCGUCCGCACGGUCUGGGGGUGCAUGCGGGGCGAGACGCGGAGCUCCGCAGCCGCGUUCCCGCCACGGCGCAAGGGUCUCCGUUCCUGAGAGCCUCCCAUCAUCCGCCUGCGCGCGAGCUCGGCGUGCUGCCUCACUGGUUUCCGCGCGAGGCCGCGGACGAGGGCGGCGAGGGUCGUGGGGCGCCUGCGGGCCUGCCGCCGGCAGCAGUGACGCGGUCUGCGGGCGAGGAGCCCGAGCAAGAGGCAGACGACGUCGAGGCGAGCAGCUGCAGCGCUGGAGUUGAGCGAGCGAGCUUUCCGUGUGCCGACGCAGAUCGAGACGGCGGCUACGACCCGUCCCCGGCUGAGGCUGCGUCGCGGUCGCCUGCGCUUUCUGGCGCGUGCGACGCGGCUGCGCCGCUCGCGGGCGAAGAGCGCGCAGCGACGGGGGCAGGCGAGGGCGGGGAGCGCAGUCCAUGA